CUGGAACAACAAAGCCGGGGCCCACACCUGCGGAACAAGCAGAAGUAGACCGCAGGCUGGAAGAAAAGAAAAAAAAAAGGGAAGCGAAGAAAAAACAAAAAGAAGAAGAAGCUAAGAGGAAGAUGAAAGAGAAGACGGAGAAAGAAUUGGAAGAAGAACUGAAGAGUAUAGAAGAAGAAGAAGAAGAAGAAGAAGAAGCAGCAGAAGAAGAAGUAGCACAGGAAGAUGAACAGACCUUGCAGCGACGUCGUCAUGACAUCCCUGAGAGUAGUAGCCGGCUUCCCGUUGAGCCGUUGGAUUGGGGGGAACGGUACUACUAUUCCAGCGAGCCAUUGAAAGAGACUGACGCAGAGCGAGAUGCAUUCGUCGCCAAGUUGGCCACUGUGACAGACACCGUUGAACGUAACCUGCUGAUGGCAGAAAAAAGGGCUGAAUUGAAUGCCAGAUUGUUAGCUUCCAGACGACAAGAACUAGAGAAAAAGAAAAGACUGCAGGCCGAAGGGGAGAAAUUGCAGAAAGCUCUAGAAGCGCAAAAAGAAAAUCCCUAUGAAUCCGAAGCACAACUUGCUCUCCUUAGGGAGUCAGUCCUCAACACAAGGCAAGAUAUGAAGUUAAUGCAUCAGACCCUACAAAGGGUUGAAGCGCAUCGAGUUGAAUUCGAAAACUUCUGGAAUAACUUUGUGGAAAAGUCAGCCAAGGAUGUUGACCAACAUGUGCAAACUUACAUCCAAGCUUUGGACGAACAUAUUAAUAAAGUCUUCACCCCGGAAGUCGUAGAGAAGAUUGUAAAGGGAGCUGGAGGCGACGGAGGAGAUGGUGAUGGCGACGACGAUGAUGAUAAGAAAGGAAAGAGGAAGAUUGGGGAUCCGAAAGAAAACUUCCUCAGGAAACCGGGCAGGGUGUUGAUGGCAACUUCGUGCAUGGGAGGCGACGCCAUGAGCUUCGCCAUCUCGCUGCAAAAGGAGGCGGGAUGCAGCUCCAUGGUAGAAUAUUCGCAGCAAACGCGAAUCGAAGAUUUCCUUAAGUUAAUAAGAGAAAGAUUUGAGGACAAAAACUUGGCAAGAUGUACAAAAAUGUUGAUCCUCAGCCUUCCUGACAGGAAAUGGAAGAGUACCUCUGCACUAAAGGCAACUAUGGAUGAAUUAUUGCAAUGCCCUGAUCACGGAUUGACGCCGGCCCAAAUCUUAAACAGUUUUGCACGAGCACUCCGGGAUCCCCUAAGAACACAACUCUAUCCUCGUACCAAGGAAGAGGGGAUGACAUAUGAGAAGUUCGGCAAGAUCGCCAUAGAUCAUGCCGGCUUCCUCGCUGAAGCAAAUUAUUGCCAUUACUGGAAGGAUCUGCAAGCGGGUAAGAGAUGGCAAAACCGCACCAUCUCAGGGUCUAUACCUGGGAAAGACAGUCUCCUUCUAGCCUUUGAAGAAGGAGGCACCGAGACCAUCUUCUGGGAUCAGGUAGACUAUGGUCUCGAUGAACCCAACAGACCAGUAGCUCAGGAGGGGAGUUACGCGGCUGUUGCAGCCCGCGGGGGAGGGCGUCAAGGAAGAGGGCGUGGCCGAGGAAGAGGUCGCGGCCGUGGUGGACGGGGAUUCGGCACCCAGAGGGGUGGUGGUGAAGGAAGCCACUAUGUGGGAGGAAGGGGAAAUGGUCCCUCAUACGGUGGCCGUGGUUCUUACUCCAUGUGGGGUAGAGGAAGAGGCUCAUGGUACAACAAGUGGGAUAAGCCAUACCCACCUCAUCCAGGCCUGCCGGAAGGAGAGCCUUGGAAAGAAUUGGGAAUCACAGAAAAAGUUGGGGCCGAAAGGAAGAAGGCAGAUCAAUGCCUCAAAUGUGGGGACCCCGACCACAUUGUCCCCUAUUGCCCUGACUAUAGGGGGGCAAAAGGGAACAGCCAGUAGAGGUGCCAGUUUCCUCUACCGGGGCUUCGAAUGUUGAAAAAUCAGAAUCCUCCCAUUCGAAGGCCCCAAUGGCAGAAACUGAAGAGGAAGGAAGUCCCCUUCUAGUGCACUGUCGAGAGGUGGCAAACGUAUGCACCUCUCUAGGUGGAUCCCUCGCUGGCAUGGGUGAUGAGUUGGCCGCUUGUCGCCAAGCCUGGACUGAAAUGCGAAAAAAGAAGGGACAAGUAAUAAUUGCAGAUCUGGAAAUAAAUCGAGUUAGAGUAG